UCUCUCUUGCGUUCUCCGACUGUCGUGUCUUUCUCCCUUUCCAGACUCGUCUUAGCGAUUUAGGGUUUCUUUCUUUGUUUUUAUUUGCUUUCGUCUGCCUUUCUUUGGGUGGAUCCGAUCAUCGUAUCAGAGCCAAGACCACUGUAGCUUGUCCGGCGUGUUUACAGUAAAAGAUAAGUAUAGCAGUGCAUAUAGAAUGCCUCAACUAAAUCACUCUUAAGAAAGAAUGGGCAUAAGCAUAAAAUCAUAUGCUCCCUUUAUUUAUUGGUAUGGGAGGAGUUGGCAAUAAAUUAUGGCAUUUGCAAUCAACUAUCAAGAGGGGGUGUACAGAUUCCACGAUGCAUAUAGAUUUCGUGUGCACAUGACGCUUCGGACAAAAAUGGACACUCUGACUGUAAUUAGGAAUAAAUUAACGUUUACUCAAAGAGCCAUUUUUCGGACAACUUGUUUUGGACAUUUAUUAGAUUUGGCGGAGCCACGGUUCAGUGCUGUUUUUAUUCAAGCAAUGUUAUUACGUAUGAUCAACCGCGGGAACCCAGACAAAGAAAUGUGGUUCAGAAUAAAUGGUGUUGAAUUCCGAUUCAGCCCUGUUGAGUUUGCACUCGUGACUGGUUUGAUUUUCGGGGAGAACAUGGACGUGUCCAAUUACGUUGAUUGCACGGAUACACCUCGAUUGAGAGAGAAAUACUUCCCGAACAUUCACAGGUUGUUGUCUCAUGGGGAGAUCGAGCAAGCAUUUGACAAUGAAGUUUGGGGAGACAAUGAUGACGACGCAGUGAAGUUUGCGGUAUUGUAUUACGCACUUAUAGGAUUAUUAGGGGCGGACAACAGAACCAAAGUACCUGAUUAUUUUUUGCAUUUAGCGAACAAUUUAGAUGCAUUUAGCCGAUACCCAUGGGGAACACUGACAUGGAAUAAAACAGUUGAUUCGAUACGAAAAGGUAUACAUAACAAAUAUCAAUAUUGUGUUGAACAUUACCUGCCGUACACAAGUCCGCUCCCACUUCUCAGUUACAGUAUUUUGGGAUACCCGAUUGCUUUUCAAUAUUGGAUUUAUGAGACGAUUCAGAAUCUAUCGCCUUAUAUCCAUUUGGAAGCAAAUGAUCGAAUCCCCCGUAUCCUAAAAUGGAAAACAGUUGUACUACCUACAUGGGAUGACAUAUCGAUACUUUGGGACGCUCCUCCGGAGGAGAUUACAACUGCAUUACAUCCGACCGAGAUUGAGCGUUACUCUGAGUGGUAUAUUCGAGCUUUGGAGUUUAUGGGAGAACACGCACCAUCUACGCAUUCAGAUGAUGAUGAUGCCAUCCAGUCGAACCGUCUUGUUGUCUUUCAGACAGCCCGGGGAGGGUCUUCAUCGUCUUCCACUGCUUCCGUACGAAUUUCUUCAUCACGAAAUGCCAGACCUGUGGUUCCUAGGACGUUUCGUAUUGGAGAUACAUCCCCUCCACAGGUGUCAUCCUCCCGCAGAACAUACCCCCGCGAGUCACAUAGGGACACACCUAAUGUACAUGUUUCUCCACCACGGAGGUCUACUUCCCGUGCCUCCCAUUCUCGAGAGCACCAGAUAAACGAGCCUGCAAGACACUCGGUCCAUGGGACAUCAUACAAUGGUGUUUCAUACGAGCGUCUUCAACAAAUAUUAAUGGAACAUGGAAGAGGCAUCAGCUCUCAGAUGCAACAGCAAUUGGACCAGCACUGUACAAUGAUGCGUGUGGAGUGGGAGAGACAAUUGUCAGCGUUUCGUGAGGAGAUGCAAUCCUAUUGGCAACAACAAACAUCGACGUUUCGGAGGGAGAUACAGGACCAAUGGCAACAACAACAAUCGACGUUUCGGGGAGAGUUACAGGACCUAUGGCAACAACAAACAUCGAUGUUUCGAGGGGAGUUACAAGACCAAUGGCAACGACAAACAUCGAUGCUUCGGGGGGAGAUGCAGGAAAAAAUGACAUCAUUAAAUAAUCGAAUUGCAGGACUUGAAGAUUCUUAUGUUCAGACAUCAGAAUCAGUACAGUUAGACGAAUCAUCAGACGAUGAUGUUCAACAACAAGUGCAGGACCAACCAACAAUUGUUUAGAAGCCGACAACAACUAAAAAAUAAUCAGCUUUCGGACGUGUACUGUGAAAAGAGAAACAGUUGGUAAGUCCAUUCACAGAUCCAAAUAAGGGAAAAAAAAAAAACAAACAGCCAAUAACUACUCAUGGGUGAGUAUUUGAGAUUUUCAAAGUUAAAGGUGGAUACUUGGGAAAACAACAAUUCUUGUGUGGGAAAUAGUCCUUUGGCCUUUUUCAUGGCAUUGGGAUGUUUUAUUCGUGCAUUUAAAGAAUAUAUUCGACCUGUUAUUUGCAUUGACGUUGCUUUUUUUAAAGGUCAAUAUCUGAGACAUUUAUUCUCUGCGGUAGGCCUCGAUAGUAAUAAUCAAAUAUAUCCAAUUGCUUUCGGUGUCAGUAAAAAAGAAGAUUAUGACACGUGGUGUUGGUUUCUAACAAAGGUUAAAGAAUGCAUCAAUGGAAUACAAGAGUUGGUAAUAAUCUCGGAUCGACAUCAUGCUAUAUACUUAGCAAUGGUUGAAGUCUUUCCAAAUGUAUAUCAUGGGUGUUGUUGUCAUCACCUUCUUUGUAACAUUCGAUCAAAGUACAAAUACGACUCACAGCUUAUGUGUUUAUAUCGGAAAAUUAUAAAAUCAUAUAUAGAGACAGAUUUUGAGGCAAUGAUGAAAUCUGUUGAUGCAGUGCAUCCUCAAGCUAGGGCUCUCCUACGUGAGGUGGGGUUUCACCGAUGGAGUAAGGCACAUUUUGCAGGGCCCCAAUAUAACAUAAUGACAAUUAACAUUGCGAAAUCAUUUAAUGCCCUUGUCAAAUAUGCACAGGGUUUGCCCAUCUUCGUGCUCGUCGAGUUCAUUCGGAGCACAUUACAACGAUGGUUUUACGAAAGGAGAAACCAUACAAAUGAAUGCCCUAACUAUGUUACCCUAUGGACGGAGGAGAAGCUUAGCCCCAAUGUGUUGAAGGCUACGCGCUUGAAAGUUCGCUCAAUUACAAAUCUUCAAUAUCAGGUUUUAGGUAGUGGUAGAUACACAGAUAUUGCGGACUUAAAUGAAAUGUCUUGUAUGUGUAAGAAGUUUCAGUUUUAAUGUAUUCUAUGCAAGCAUGCGGUUGCUGUUACAAGAUAUAUGAGACUUACAAACAUUAAUACAUGGGUUCAUCCUUUCUUCACCACCGAGGUCUACCGUGUAAUAUAUGUAAAAUCUGUCAUUCCACUUGGGAAUCAAUUAGAAUAGUUGCAUGCCCCCGAAGAAAGAGUUAUCCUUCCUCCCGUUCUCGAUCGUUGUCGACCGGAUCGCCUUUCAAACAAAAAUAGAUGUCCUUCACAGGGGGAGAUCGUUACACCCAAGGUAUGUAGUCAGUUUAAGCAAUUAGGGCAUCUCCGAACGCAAUGCAAAAACCCAUCACUGGUUCCAUGAAUCGAGAAAUUGAAGAGUCACUAUACGAAGUUUCUUCAGAUGGAUGGUGGUCAGCACUUUACAGAAUGAUCCAAGGUCUUGUUGUCAUGAGCAGAUUAGGUCGAGACAGGCUCCAUGAAUCAGAAUUUGAUAUUCAAGAGAGAUCAAUUAACUGGGACAAUGUGGAAAUGUAGUAUGCUAUAAUUCUCAUCUUUCAUCGAAGACUUGAAGAUGGUUCUUUUUUGUACAGUAAAAGACUAUUUCAUAUCAUUGAUAUAUUAAUGCCAACUAUAAUGACUGGUCACUUGGGAUAUGAUAAAAUGCUGGACCAUCUACUUUUUGCUCAAUAAAAGAGUUGUAGCAUUUCAUUAUAAUUUUGUACGAGUGACUUCCAUUAGCUGUGGUUUAGUAGUUCUUCACUUUGACCUUGUUCUAACUUUGUUUUGGUUAUGAAAUAAUAUGACAAGAGUUUCUAAUGGCUA